UUGCGAUUGGGCAAUUCAGCCUAUUUGCAGUGGCGUCACUUAGAGCCCGCGAAACUCUUCUCUAUCUCGGUUCCUACUUUUGUUCGUCUCAGCGUCUUUUUUUGUUCUAUAAGUAUUUAUUUAUGCUAGCUAUUGAUGUGUGGGGACCUCUUUCUUAUGUUUACCCUAUUAGUCAGUUUGACCGGGCCUCCGUCGGAGUUAAAGACCCUUGUGACAGCUGCUAACUGAGCUAAGCUAACAUGAACUAGCUUGGAAUUGGGGUUUAAAAAAAAAACAACAACAUGUCGUCGUCGACGUUACUUCGAAAGCAGCAGCAUCCAGGCUACGAUGACGCGAGCCUGCGAAGAGUGGCCGAGCAGCUGCCGUGUCGGGAGCUUCAAGCCGGGAUGCUGCUGUCCCUCAUGGGAGAGCCUCAGCAGUACAGCUUGCCUUGCAUCUUCAUCUACGGUCAUCGCGCCACAGGGAAAAGUCACGUGCUCGACAUUCUGCUGAAGGAACUCGAGCUGCCCCACGUCACCAUCAGCUGUGCCGAGUGCAUUUCCACCGCCCUGUUCUUCGAACAAGUCCUGAUGUCCUUCUUCGGCGGGGACGCGACGGCCGCCCUGCCCCGCUGUCCUUCGCUGUCCGACUUCAUCCGAAUCUACAGGCAGCAUCGCUCCCGGGGUGCCGCUGAGGGGACGCGUUACAUCGUGAUGGAAAAAGCAGAGUUGUUGCGAGACAUGGACGCUAAUCUGCUCCCGGUUCUUGUGCGUCUUCAGGAACUGGUGGAGGACAACGUGACCGUCGUCCUGCUCAGCGAGGUCCCGUGGGACACAUUUCGGCCGAGCACAGGCUGCUCGGAGCCUCUCCCGCUCCACUUCCCCGACUACAGCAAAGCUGAGUUGCACCAGAUCUUGACCCGGGACAGGCACCCGUCCUUUACUGCUGACUUCUACUCGUCCUACAUUCACAUCCUGCUGGGGGUCUUCUACGCUGUCUGCAGGGACCUCCGGGAAUUGCGGCACCUGGCUGCGCUCAACUUUUCUAAAUUCUGCGAGCCCGUCAGUGAAGGGAAAGCCAAAGAGAGUGACACGCACAAGCUUUGGCGUAAUAUUGAGCCUCACCUGAAGAAGGCCAUGCAAACGGUCUACCUGCGGGAGGUGUCCAGCCUCCAGUGGGAGAAGAUGCAUCAAGUGGACACGGAAGCUGGCCCUUUAAAAGGUUUGUCGGCUCACACUCAUGUGGAGCUGCCGUUUUACUCCAAGUUCCUGCUGAUCGCCGCCUACCUGGCGUCCUACAACCCCGCACGCACUGACAAGCGCUUCUUCGUCAAGCAUCACGGCAAAAUAAAAAAGACCAACUUCCUGAAGAAGAAUGAAAAGACCAGCAACCACCUGUUGGGGCCCAAACCUUUCCCUCUGGACCGCCUGCUGGCCAUCUUUUACAGCGUGGUGGACAGCAGGGUGGCGCCCACCGCCAGCAUCUUCUCUCAGAUCUCCUCGCUGGUCACCUUGCAGCUGUUGACUCAAGUCAGCCAUGCUGACCAGCUGGACGCCCCAAAGUACAAAUGCGCCGUCUCCAUGGACUUCAUCUGCGCUAUAUCCAGGACGGUGAACUUUGACAUCAUCAAGUAUCUGUAUGACUUCCUGUGAGGCGCUUUCUGGACACGAUCAUCCGAUCAUUGUGUUUUCGUCAAGUAAUAAAUCACUUCGCUGUCA